AUUGCGGUAUGAAAGGGGGGCAGCCGGGAGGAUUUGCAGGGCGGUGGUGGAGGAAAAGGGCAUGAGGGAGCAGGAAAGGGUGGCUAGUGAGUUGCUGGGAGUAAACUGAACGGAGCUAAAGCCAUGCAUUAGGACCUUUAGAACUGAAGGCAUGCAAUCCGUGCGCGUAUGCAGACAGGGAAAUGAGGCAAGCCAUUGGGACGGGUUUCUGGGCGGGAUAGCGCUGGAGUUUGGUUACGGAGACAUGUGUAUGCCUUGUUUGGACAUACCCACUUCACAUAGCAAGGCUUGCACCCAAUUAGCAUGGCACAGGAGCUUCUGCGCGAGCUUGAGGCGAAGCUACCGGCCGCGCUUGCCGCCUAUCGCUCCGGGCAGCUUACGGGCAUCAUUGACCGGCUGAAGCCUGUUUACCGGCUGGCUGCGUACCUGGAGCCGCGGAAAUACGAGCCCGAGGCGGUCCCGGUCGCGCGGCGCCUGCUUUCUUCCGGCCUGUUGCCGCGGCUGGUGCAGCUGCAGGCCUAUGCAGCAGAGCAUGCGCUUGCGGCGGGCUUUCCCGAGCUCCCGGGCGCGCCGCGGAACGCCGCAGCUCGACCCACGGGCGCGAAGCAGCAGCGGCGGCAGCAGCAACGGCGGCGGCGCAAGGAGGCCGCGGCGGCGGCCAGCGGUGUUGGUGGCGGCAGCGAGCAAAAUGAUGACGGCGGCGGCGAGGAGGAGGAGGAGCAGGAGAUGUACAUUGACCGCAUGGAGGGUGAGGGAGGAGUGCACCUGGAGGCGUUUGGCGCAGCAGCGCGCAUCGUGGCGGCGUGCCUCAUCGUCGCCUCCGGGUCGCACUGCGGGCCGGUGGCGAUGCCAAACGCCCUGCGCACGGUGGCGGACCUGACGGUCGCGGCGCUGCUGCGCAUGCACGUGCUGCGCUGGUCCGGCGCCCUAGCGGCGCGGGCUGUGGAGGCGCUGGAGGCGUUCCAGGUGGCGUUCCCUCCAGCGGCGGCAGUAGCCACUGAGGCUGCUGCAGCUGCUGGCAGUAGCAGCAGCAGUGGUGGCGGUGCUGGUGAUGGCGGCGGCGGCGGCUUGCUACAGCCCGGCGCGGUAGCGGUGGCGCACGCCGAGGUGGUACUACGGGCGUUUGUCAACCAGGCAAUGAUUGAUUCCAGCUUCCUGGUGAAUGCCUUGUCGGUCAUGGCGGAUGAGCAGUUCUGCCGACACCAGUUUGGAGUUCUUGUCGGCAGCACCAUCAGCAUCAGCAAUAGCGGUGGCCUGAGCAGUGGCAACAGCAGACAGCCCGCCACUGCGGCGCGCCAGCAGCAGCAGCAGCAGCAGCGGCCUCCGCCGCCAGCACCACAGACCAUGCAGGUUUCGCCGCUCGUGGCAAUGUUGGGGGAGGUUGGCAGUAGCUGCUUCCUGGAGCAGGCGGCGCGUCUGGUGCUGCAGGAGGCGGUGGGCGUGGGCCGGCGGCGGCUGCUACAGCCGGCGCUCAUGGCACAUGUGGAGGGUCACAUGCCCAGUGGCUAUCGGGUCGACGUGCUCGGCGAGCUAGUGCCGUCGGACUCGCGCUUUGGGUUGGUUGCGCAGCUUUGCAAGAGGGCCCAGGACCUGCAGUUCAAGCGCCGGUUGUGCGUCACCGCCGCGCAAUUCGGCCUCACGGCGGCCGCCAUUCAGGCGCUCGGAUCCGACGUCGGCGGCGGCAGCAGCAGCAGCAGCAGCAGUGGCGGCAACAGCGGCAGCAGCAGCGGCGGCGGCAAGAGCAGGAGCAGCGGCGGCGGCGCGAGAGCAGGACGUGGCGGCGGUGGGUCAGGGGCCGCGGCUGUGGCGGCGGCGCCGACCCAGAUCGAGCCUUCGCCUGCGCUACCGUGGGGCGCCUGCAUGCACACUCUGGUGCUGGCGGAGGUGGUCGCUGGCCUGGCGGUGGCAGGCUUCGGUGGCGGCGUGCGGGGCACGUGGGGCCUGCCGCCGGAGCUGGUGGCAGGCCUGCCCGUGCUGGGGCUGAACCCAGAUGGCCGGGACAUUGAAGUGGGUCUCCUUAUAAAAGCCCUUUCGCGGGGUGCGGGCAGCGCAACAAAGCACCCAGCGCCUGCGAUGGCACGGGCGUCCGGUGGGGCUGCCGGCAGCAGCGGCGGAAGCGGAGGCGGUCGGGGCGCGGUCCGGGUUCUGGGUCUGAACGACAUGCCCUUCCGCCUCCUGGGCGCGCUGGUUGAGGAGCAGCUGCUGAUCUCGGAGCUGCCAGGAGUGGGCGCAGCAGAAGCGGCAGCAGCGGAGCAAGAUGCGGUGCUGGUGCGAGAAGCGUUUGGAACCCUGGGCGGCGGUGGCGGCGGCGGCAAUGGCAGUGGCAAUUGCAGCGGCCGGGGUCGCGGUGGCAGUGGUGAUAGCGGCGGCAGUAGCAGCAGUCGUAGCCGGCAGGCGCCUGCUGCUGAUGCGGAGCAGCCGCCCUGGCGGCUGCCGCUGGGUCGCCGCGCUCUGGCGGUGCUGUGCCUCCGCAUUGCUGACCUGGCGGCUGCUGGUCACGGCCCGGCGUACGCCGCCGCUCCUGCUGCUGCUGCUGAUGCUGCUGAUGCUGCUGAAACCUCUGGCGCUGGCGCUGCUCCCGAUGCCGCUGCGGGCAGCAACCUCAGCAGUAGCAGCAGCGGCGGCGGUGGCGGGCUGCUGGUCCGGUUCAGGCCACACCACACCUGGAUCCUGGGCGCACAGGCCAUUGACAGCGCCCGAAGGCUGCUGCUGCUGCCGCCCGGCAUCGACGGCAGGCAGCAGGGCACCGGUAGCGCCCAGCCUCCAACGGCAUCUGCCGCUGCGUCUGCUUCUGGCGCCAGAGCUGCCGGCUCGGGCGUCGGCCGGUCUGCUUCCGGCGCGGCGGCCCGGCAGCAGGGACAGGGACACCCGGAGGCAGAGGCAGAUGCCGGCGGCUACCCAGUGCUGCCGGCGGCCUGGUGGCGGUCACUGACGGCGCUGCUGCACGUGCCGGUACCGCUGCGUCUGGCCUAUGCUGCCGACGAUGCGCUCUCCUGCUGGCGGUUCAACGACGACGGCACCGUCAGCAGCGGCAGUGGUGGCAAGAACACAAUCAGUUGCAGCGGCAGUAGCUGUAGUAGCAGUGGCGGCGUUAACCCUGCAGGCGUGGCGAGUAAAGAGGGCGACCUGCAGGAGUUGCAACCCCACCUGUGGCUGGCGACGUCGCUACGACUCAAGUGCAUGCCCGGCAUGCUACUGCCGCUGCAGCCACCACCCGGCCUGGCGGCGGCGCUGCAGGAAGGUCUGGUGCCCGCCUUCGAGGCCGCGCUCCGUCGCGCCCCCGACGCCCACAUGGCGGCGCGACUAGCCGCCGCGCUGCUGCAGCCUGACUGGCUGGCGGUGAACGAUGGCACCAACGACGGUCUCGGCUGUAGCUGGCCGCUGCUGCAGCAGCUGCUAGCGUUCGCGCCGCCGCCCGCCGCCGCGGCGCUGGUCGCCAGCCUGGGCAAGCGGCUACAGCUGGCCCUCGACGAGGCGGGGGUGAAGGCGGCUGUAGCAACUGCUGCGGGAGGCAGCGGAGGCGGCAGUAGCAGCCGGUCUGGCAGUAGCGGAGGCAGUGGUGGAGGCAGCGGCCGCAUGAUGCUGACGGCGCCGGUGCUGAUGCAGGCACGGCAGCUGGCGGCGGCGCUGCCGGUGUGUUGUCUGAUGGAUUUGGAACUCCUGGGUGCGGACGGCGUCGGCUGCUUCUGCACUACGAGCCAUGUCAUGGACGAAGUCGCGGCGGCGGCCAGCAGGGCGCGCGGCAGUGGCGCCAGCAGCGGCGGCAGCAGCGGCGAGGAAGCGGCCGCAGCGGCAACGGCGCGGCGGCGGCAGUGGGCUCGGGUGCGGCUACAGCUGUCACACGCGCUGCACCGCUGGCUGCCGGCGCUCUCGCGCUUUGCUCGGCGGCUGCCUGGGGAGGAGCUCAGCCGCCUCGUGAAGGAGCGGCGGCAGGACGUGGACGCGUCUUCGCAAGGUCUCACAGACUUGCAGGUUGCGUGCUCCUGCGUGUCCAAGCUGCUGUUGUGGUUACAGCCGCCGCUGAUCGCGCUCGCCGCGGCGGAGAGAGAGGUGGCGCUGCGGUCGCAGUUUCUGGCCACCGUCAACGACGCAGCGAGCAGUGGAGGCGGCGGCAGCACUUUCACCGUGGUGGGCGGCGGCGGCGGCGUCGUCUUGGGGCCGGGUGCGGACCUCAGUCUUGUCGUGUCGGGCAUGGAGGCGGAGUAUGCGGCUUGGGUCGCGCGGCUGGCCAGCUGGCGUCACUUCCUGAUCCACGGGGUGGACGUGGUGGGGCUGCUGGGGGCGGCGUUACAGGUGUCCAUGCAGCUAAUGGCCGAUCGCGACAUGCAGACACCGGUGCCGGCUGCGUGCAAGUCAAAUCCUGUCACUUGGGGUGCCGUGACGGUGUCCGCACCUCUGUUGCUGGCGCUCCACUUCGCAAGCCAGGCGGUGCCGGAUGUGCUGGCGGCGCCGCUGCUGCAGGCAGCGCAGCAGGAGCCACAGGCGCCGGCGGCAUCGGGCUCGGGCACGGGUGCUGCAGGCUUGGGCCCACCGUGGAGCCCCGCCGUGAUUCAGAGGCUGUUGACGGCGGGCGCCGAUCCCGGCGGCGUGCGGCUAGCAAUGGGCGUGACGCAGCAGAGCGUGGAGAAGCUUCGUGCCUUCGCACGGGCGCACGGCGCGCAGGCGGCACGUGCCGACUUCGACGGCGGCCCAGUGAUGCGGCAUGUGCGCAUUGCGACCGAGGCUCUGCCCCGGAUCGAGCACUUCACGCCGGUAUCGCCGCUGGAGGCGCGGCAGGGCGCGGCGGCGGCGGGCUUGUCCAAGACCAGGACCGUGCACGGCCACCAUUUCAUCACCGGCGGCGGCGGCGCGGCGUCAUCGUCAGCGGCGUCGGAGCCCGCAGACCCGCCCAUGCCGCUGCGCUGCUGCGCCAACCCGCGCUGCACCAACCUGGCGGCGGCGGUGGGCGCGGACAGCGACGCCCAGCUGCCGCUGCUCAACUGCGGCGGCUGCCGGGGCGCGGCGACGUACUGCGGCAGGGGCUGCCAGGCGGCGCACUGGAGGGCGGGGCACAAGGAGGUGUGCGCUGCUCUGCGGGGGUAGGGGCGGUGAUGGUGUUGGUUGAAUGGGGAUGGCGUCUGGCUGGGGUUGGCUCUGCCGUGGCAUCGCGAUUGCUAGGCCCCAGGUUUGGCUAUGUGCCUGUGGAAACCGACCCCGGCUAUGUCCGGGCGAUGAGGUUGUUCGGCCUCAGACUGUGGAGGGGCUCAGCCCCUUUUCCCGUGACCGGGGAACACUUGUCCACCACAGGACCUGAUGCACAACAUUCUGCUGCGCACAGCGUGCGCACGCGGCAUCCUUCAUUAGUUACUGGGUAAUGUGCGGGGGCGGGGCGCGUUGCGGCAGGCAGACAGGGAAUGGUGCGCGGGCGGCAUGAGGCCAGGACUUCAAUGUGCGUGCGUGCGUGCGUGCGUGCGUGGUAUGGAGGAGCCGAAUGAGCGACGUUCGUGUGUGUAGAAGAACGUCCAUACGUGGGCUCGAGAUUAGGUGUACAAAGCUUACGGAGUUUACGGAGUGUAUGGUUUGCAAGGACUCCAAGGAGGCAUGGGGUCUACGGGUUCAGAAAGUUUACGAAGGUCACAGGAAUGCCACGGAGCACGGGAUAGGAGGAUAGGACACGCGUUACAGAGUUGUAACCAUGGGGGUUGAGUUGGAUACAUCACGGUGUUACACAGAGCUCACAUCAAGUCGUGUGCACGCGCUCAUGCAAUAGGUCCAUAGCCCCCUGAAUGCAGCGUGGAUCUAUGAAUGCAGAAUGAGUGCACCCCUGAAUGGCGUGGAGGAGGGGCGGGAUGGGUGGGCGCAAGGAACCAGGCUGGGGCCGCAUGGACACGAGUUGGUGGCAUGCGUGCCAGCAUUGGUGGCCACUGGCCAGACGCUGCCAGGGAAACACGCCCUCAUCCGUACGCGUCGGUAACGUAUAGCAGGGUAGCAAGGCAUCUAUAGAUGUCAUUCAAGGCCCUCCCAACGUGCGUGGACAUGCAGUCAUGCGCCAAUGCCCCACAGGCCACAGCGCGUGGGCCUAAGCAAGGGCCCAAGCCCCCGCUGCGUCCUGGCGGCUCCCAAGUGGCCAAAUCCCAACGCAUUUGAAUAUGCAACACACACCACCUGCUGGGCACGGAGCGCAAUCGGCUCUGACCGCAUACAUCUCUGGCGGCAAGGUGCCUUCGACCAGGUCACCGGGACUGUACGGUUCGUGAGCAGCUUUUGCUCAGAUUUCAUGCCGCAUACCUCGCCUUUCAGCUUCAACCAGAU